AUGAUGGCUAGAUUUGAGUACCUUUAUCGUUUCGAAACGGAGAAAGGAGACGAGUUCUUUGCAAAAGGUGUCUCGACCGAGCCCAUAAUUGGCGCCUCAGUCAACGCAUUCCCAACUUUCGAGGACCUUUUCGAAGAUAAAAAUGUGACGCAGGAGAAAGUAGAAAAGCUUCUGCCACCUAUCCCUCAAACAAACCUCCCAAUUUACUGCGUCGGCCUCAAUUACAAAAGCCACGCCAAAGAGGCCAGCCUUCGUGUCCCUUUCAAUCCCCCGUUGUGGACUAAGCCUGCAGCCUCGUUAUCGGCGCCGAACGAAAGCAUCCCCAUCAGUCGUUUUUGCGCCUCACACCUUCCUGACUAUGAAGGUGAACUAGUCUUCGUUACCUCACGCGACUGCCUGAACGUUAAACCAGAGGAAGCCUCAUCAUAUAUUCUCGGAUAUACGAUUGGCAAUGACAUUUCCUGUCGCUUCUUCCAGCUUCCUGAGCAAUCAGGAGGCCAGUUCUUCUACGCCAAAGCUUUUGAUAAAUUUGCACCCAUUGGACCGGUUCUCGUGAGCCCGCAUAUCUUCAACGAGGCCAAAGGAAAGGCUAGCCUAAUUACCCGCAUCAAUGGGGAAGUGAGGCAAAACACUGCCAUGCACGCCGACAUGAUCUUUUCUCCAGAACAGGUGUUAAGUUGGAUGAGUCAAAGCACCACAAUCCCAGCUUAUACCGUAGUGAUGACCGGUACCCCAGCAGGUGUAGGUGUGUUUCAAAAACCUCGUCAGCUUCUCAAGAAUGGAGAUGUGAUGGAAGUUGAAAUCACCGGCCUGGGGAAACUGAAGAACAAAGUGGUUUUUGAGGAAGGGCAAGAUUCUAUCCUGUGA